GCUGCCGCCCUGAGGCGAGCUCUGAGGGGGUCCCUGAGGGGAUCCCUGAGGGGAGGGGGAGGCAAAGCAGCGCUGUGUUCUCCGGCAGCUUUAUUAUUUUUCUGAGAUAUCUUACGAGGUUUUAAAUAAGUUUAGAGUUCCUCGCGCCCUCACAGACUGUGCCCUGCUUUUUUUCUGGUUAAAUCGACGAUUUACAGCAUACCCAUGCAUAGCCAUACAGCAUGGUUAUGGUGUGUGGUGGUUGGCACGCCCUUAAACCUGUCAUAACUGAAAUUAACAGGCUGUUAGGCGCUCUCCUACUAUAAUUCGCAUUAAUUCGCGGUCCCUGCAAGUGAUAGUCAUAAUCCUGUGGUUUAGCAUUUAUUGAUGCGUGGUUAUAUGGGUAUAAAGACGUCUUAGUAAAUGAUACAUGUUGGUAAUACAAAGCUGCACUUCCACGCCCUGUCCUGCUGUUAGUACUAACAGCGGUAGCCAGCCCUUUGCUUUUCCUGCUCUUCUUUUCUCUGUCCUGACUGACCAAGUAAGCAGCCAGUCCUUAAUUGCUUUUUCCACAUUGCUCCCAAUUCUGUUAUAUCCAUACCCAAAUUUGCUAUUUCUGACACUGUUACCGAGGCAAUUUUAGCCUAAUACCACAGCUACUCGAAACUUUGCAUCCCAGGUUUCCUUCAUGGCCCUACAAUUCAUGUUUGUUAUGUUUCAUUUACAUCAUACACUGUUUGGAUAGACUUAUCUUACUUUUGGUUAAUCUAGAGCUCUGCUGUUCCAUCAGCUCAGAGCUAGCCCAUAUGAUUUGCACCUGUAAAACAGAACAAGGGAAAAACAGUCCUCUCAUAUUUACAGAAAUCAAUGAAAAGUUAGCAAUUUAGAUAGGUGAAAUACAAAAAGAAGAAAAAAGUCCAGCUUUUUGGGGUUAAAAUCAAGUGUCUUUGAAAGUGUGAAGGAAGCUAUUCUAGUUGAACCUUAAUUCCAACAUUUUCUUUCAACACUUUGGUAUAAGAGCUUUUUAACCAAUCUUCUAUAUUUGUUUUAGACAACUGAAGCAUUGAAAGCAUCACAAAACAAGAAAGAUGUUCACAGCUUUAAAGUAUCACGGAACAGACUAUUUAUAUGAGAGCAUGGCGAGGCAGAAGUUUUCCAUCUGUAGAUUAUCACUCUGCUUUCCUCCCUGUUUGCAACAACAUGAAAAGUGUCAUCUGACUGGACUCUUUGCUGAUGACAAGUACAGGAAGCCAUGGACUAGAGUUACAUCAACACAGAACACAAUUGCUAUUUCAGUGUUGGAUCAAUGGAAGAAAAGUUUAUCUGUGGAGGAUUUCCUGGAAAAGAAACCUAUCACUUCUCUAGAGUUCCAUAGUAAUAAUGAAUUGAUAGAAGUUGUUCCAAGUUCAAAUCCCUGCUCUCAGACUGACACAGAAGAACUUUAUUUACUCAAGAAGGAUAUCUGUAUGGAAGGAUCAACUCAAGACAAAUAUUUGAAGGCUGACUUUGCCUCUGAACUUAAAGAACAAUGGCAAGAUUUACAGGUUGGAGACGAACUUAUUUUUGUUGAUAAUCUUGAAAACUAUCAUAAAAAACUUCCACAUUCAUCUGCACUUCUGGAUAGAUUAAAAUUUUUUUCAGUGAGAGAUCCUCUUUCAGAUUCUGGAGGACAGAAUUUAAGAGAAGAGAACAUUUUUAGGGAACUCUUGACUUUUCAAAAGGAAAUGGAGAUGCAGGAGAGUAAAAAAGAAUUGCAGGCAAUUAAAGAGAUGUUCUGUACAAUAACUUUAAAAGAUGAAGAGUAUUUUGUGUUGCCUGUCGAGUUAGAAUUCUGUAAAACCAGCAACAGCAGAUCAGAUUCCAUUAAGACUCCAUCAUAUAUGGAACUGAAAGAGCUGUUAAAUGUAGCUCCAGAAACUAUGGCUGAUGAAGACAAGUGUGGAGAGGUGGUCAAAGAAGAUGUUAAAGCAGAAAUUUCAAACAAAAUUGAAGUUUCCAAAUACUGUCCCAUACCGGGAGAGCUUUGCUCCAGUAACAGCACAAGUAUGUUGGAAUCCUGUGAGUCAGCUAAACAUGUUUCAUAUCUGCAAGAUGAAAUAGAAGUACCUUUAACUCCUUUGUGCAGACAACAAAGAUCACAGGUGAAUUUUAUGUGUGUAGGACUUCAAGAAGAACCUAUUCCUCUUUCUGAUAACAGUGUUUUUAUUACAGAGCCCUCUAGAGAAUACUUAGAAUGCUUGGUAUGGCAAUCAGAGAAAUAUCGGGACAAUGUGAGCUCUCUUUUGCUUGUCGAGCAUCAGACCUUUAAACUCGCAUAUCAGCAUCAUUCACUCACGGAACUGAAGAAAGUGCUAUCAAUUGAUAUAGAAGCACCGAUGCUUACCUCUCUAGAGGAGGACUGGUGGAUUCAUAUGGGAUUACAUCCUGUCUGUGUUGAUACAUUGGAGCUAUUAAAUAUGGAUUCCAGGAAUACAAGCAGUUUGCUUCCUACAGAAGUAGAAACAUUCACGCAAUUUAAAUCAUAUCAACUAGAACGAUGGCUUGAAGAGAAGAAUUCCAUGACAAAUCAGGAGUUGUUUUCUGCCAAAAGACAUCAGUUGGACCAAGUAACUAAUGGGACCUUGCCUAUAAAUGCUGCAUCUUCCGUCAAAAUAGACAGUACAAGUACCUCUGUAGAAGAGUUUGAUGGAGGAAGCAUACAAAAGAGUAAAGUAGAAGAGAAAAUUUAUUUCUUAAACCAAGGAAAGAAGACAUUCAAAUCACUUGAAGCAGUCAGCCCUGAAGAUGUAUCUUUUAAAGAAGACAACUCUUCUGAGGCUCAGAAGCCUGCAUCAUUCCCACAAGCUACAAAAUGGGACAAUGAUGAUUCUGAUCUGAGCAACUUUAUCAUGCUGAGAUCUAAACACACAAUCACUCAAAGAGAGGAAGAAAAUGAUGUAGAUAGUCCUGAAAAAGUGCAACAACCCAAAGAGCAGCAUUUACCUGAUCACAAAGAGGAGAUUUCUGUGUGUGAGCCUGUAAGAGCAGAGAAAGAAGAGAAUGAGAGCAGCAUCACAGCUGAAAUUCAAGCAUCAGAAAGCCAAUACCAGGCAUACUGUCUGUUGGAAGGAGCAGCCGCCCCUAUUUUAAAAGAUUUGACACAUCUUGGUGUUCUUGCUUCUAUAAGUUGGAGCUUUGACAGCAUAAAAUUUGAUCACACAAGGUUUUUCUUAAAACAGCAGGAGAAAGUGAUAUGCGAUCGUUUUAAAGAAGGUAAAGUAGAUGAGAAAGAGAUCAUGCUGUUCAGACAUGCUGCUCUGGUGCAUCUAUUGGUGACAGUUCGAGACCUUCUAUUAACGUGUGGCUUGGACACAGCACUAGGUUUGUUUUAAUUAGUGAACCAUGAUACCCAGAAUCCCUGUGUUCUGCAUGUAUUCUGCAGUCCUUUCCUCAUGUCUGUAAGCUGUGCAAGUUCACCAUCAGUAAACCUCUACCGUAGCUUCAGUGCAAUUUUCAGCUCCCUUUGCUUCCUUAUUUCUGUUCCAUCAUGAGGUGUGAAUUCACAAGAAAUUGGACUUUGGUGGUAUGUAUGCACUGCUUAUGUUAUUACAUGGAUUUGCCUAAGAAACUUUUGUAUGAAUUUCCACAUAACAUGAUGUGUUUACUGGUCUCCCAGAAUGACAGGUUUCCUUGUAAACACUGUGUAGAAACUGAGGAACAUGCAAACAUGACAGAUCCUUUGUUGUUUACAAUCCACCUUCUGAGAAGUUGGAGUAAUUUCCAUUUAGAAAUAUUCCUAGGCUCAUGGAGAAUGAGGUACUUCAAAGCAGGUGCAUUUAAAGCAAAUCUUAAAUACUAUUUAACAAGCAUAUAACAAAGCAGGGAGUUUGAACUUACAGUCCAAUUCUUAGUACUGGACUCAGGCUGUUUUUUGUGCUUUUCUGCUAUUAUGCUAUUUUGAUUUUGAAUAUGAAAGUUCUUAGUAACCUAAUUUUAUGCCUGAAGUCAUAAUGUUAAGCUUUUCAAGUUCCCAUAGCUGUGUAUUGUGAAUUUUCAGAAAGAUCUAUCAGGGUAGAUUCAUAAGUGCGCUUUGAAUGCCCUAAAUUCAGGCUCCUUCUGUUUAUCAAAGGAGAUAGACAGUUCAGAGUUUCUAACUUCAGUUACUCUGAAUUAUCCAUUAACGGUGGGUUUUCCUUAAAAUUGACUUAAAAUGAAAACAUCACCCAUAAACUGAGCUGCUGGGAAAAGAAAUAAUUUCAUAUUUGCUUAAAUACUUCUUAGCCCUAAAAAAGCGGAAGAAAAUACAGAAUGAAUACAUGGGUUCUAAGAAGUUAUUUUCUGUGUUGAUUGUAUUCAAAAGGAGGAGGAGGGAAACAGGAGGAGAAGUUUUUCCUGCUUUGUUGAGUUGUAGCAGAAGCAUUCAUACAUUAUUCAUACAUUUCAGAAUUACACAGUACCUGUCCAUCCAGAGCCCAGUAACACCUGCCACAGGAAUCUGCACAAGUAAAAAAGAUCUUAGAAAAGUUGAGACGUACUAAAUAGGCCCUGUGGUUCUCAGUACUGUUGUGAUCUUGUGCUGUGACGUCUGAUUCAUCACAUAGGUUUCUUAGAUCUAUUUUUUGCUUUAUGCAUUUUCGAAUAACCCUGGUGUUGUUCACGAUUUAUAUGCAAAGGGCAUUAUUCGGGGAUGAGAAGUAAUUGUGAUAAUACACACAGAGUGAUGAAAACAUGGGACAAGUAAAGCUUUAGAGAGUGGGAGUUUUUUAGUAUAAACCAUAUAGACUAAUUAAAUUUAAGAACACAGUUCUGGUAUCUGCAGCUAUAGAAAGCUGUGUUCUAUAACUCUAGUUGAAAUCAUAUAGAAGACAUUAUGGGAUGUUUGGCAGAUGUAUAAAGGGCACUUAUAUACCUGAUUAGUCAUAAUAAUACUCUUCCAUAUUGGUCAGCAAUUAAAUUUUCAGCAUUUUUGUGCAAGGUACCACCAUAUUUUAAACAUAUGUGUAGAUUUAAAUAAAUGCAAGCCUUGGCAAAUACCUUUUGUCUCUGCAAUUGCAUUUUUUCUUGGUUUAGGAUAUUUGUCUAAAGCAAAGGAUAUCUAUAAAAACAUCUUAGAAUCCUGUUUGGAUAAUAUCUGGAGGCAGCUGAAGAUUGUACAGUACAGCAGCCAGAAAAAGCAUGAAAUCAGUCCCAAAAUAACAGAACUUCAGCGUCAAAUGUUAAAUUGGAUGCAAAGUUAUGGAGAGGAAUGCAGUGCUAAGGUUAGAAAUGUAAACAAUCUCUUUACACAAAUGAAACUGAUUAAAAUGUAUUAACUGUUACAAAACCAUCUUUCAAUGAGAGUUGGUUUAUGGAAGGAAUCUUUAAUUACCUUUCCAAUUCAUGGUAUCUGUUAAGUAAGGAUAACAUAAAAUUUAAGACCUCUAUCAGAAGCAGUGCAGGUUUGUGUUUCACCAGAUCUCCCCUUGCUGCAAGAGUGAAAUAACAUGUAUAAAACUUUUAAUAUUGGAUGGGCUUCGUUUUAGUGCAGGUGGUUUUGUUCCUCUAGUAAAUAUUUGCAUUACAAUACUUACUGAAAAUUGCAUUAUAACUUUUUAUUUGACAGCUCCAAUCUUCUUCUGGUUCAGAGAGCCAUGUCACAAGUCAGAAUGGGGUACUUGUAUGGUGAUGUUCAGAGCACAGACACCCUGCAGUGUAUGGAUAUUGUUAUCCACAGCCUCUGCUUGACCCCUGGUCUCACAAGGGCAGAGCAGAAGGGGACAAUCACCUCCCUCACCCUGCUGGCCACGCUUCUUUUAAUGCAGACAACUGCGUUAAAACAAUGCAACACAACUGGCUUUCUGGGCUCUAAGCCUGCACUGCUGGCUUGUGCUCAGUUUUUCAUCCACCAAUACCACCAGGUACUUCUCCACAGGGCUGCCCUCAUCCACUCAUCUCCCCACCUGUUUUUGUCAUUGGGAUUGCCCCUCAUGCAGGUGCAGUCCAGAGGCGUGUGCGAGAAGCUGUUGUAAUGAAAUUCAAAGUGGAAAUGAAACAACCAAAACAAAAUGUCAUUGAUUGUCUCGAUGCCUGUCCUUCAGUAUUCCCUCUAAGCUGAUUACAGCAUCAUUUUCUUGUUCAUAACAGUAACACAUUUUGCUUUCUGGUAGUAGGAUUAUGCUGUACUAGGAGAUGUUUCACAACUUUCUCAUCUGCGUGUGAGCUCAGUGACAAUUUUGACUUUCUUCUGAACUCCACUGGAUGUGAUUUCUAAAUAUAACUCUCCUGAGUGUUGACUUGCUUGCUUGACUUAAACUUGAGAUUGUGCAUAUGUACCUGUGAAAUUCAAGAGUUUGUGUGAUUUUAUUCACAAUUAUAUGAUUAUGCAUUAUUCACUGACAUUCAGUAUCAAUCAAACAGAAUAGGAGGAGCUUUCAUUCCAGCUUUAAUGAGAAAUGAAAGCUCUAUUAUAUAACUCAUUUCCUACUCUGUCACAUGGCAUCAGCAUCAGUUAAUACAAUGUGAAAUACAGUAGUCUGGUUAUUCUUUUAUUCAACAAAAUUAUUAUUGAUACAGGAUUAUAAUGCAGAAUUUUCUUUGUAAGCAAGGAGUGCCUAA